UGUGGCGUCGGCGGCAAACACUCUAGAGUUUUUUGCCCCUCGAGGGAAGCCACAUUGGAAUGAACUCUGCUGGAGACGAAGAGCGCACUGCUGCGAGCGGAGAACAGAUCCGCCCGCCAGAGGGCAGCGAUGCGGAGCUUGCAAGUUUGCAACUGCAGGUCUCACGAUUCGCGGCCCUGGUGGAGGAGUCGAUAAAGGAGAAGGAGCCUGGCAGCGUCGUGGCGGAUGCAGCCAGUAGUGGCGGCUGGGUUGCCGCGACCGAAGGCCAACAAGAAGAGCCCAUGCAGACGCUCGGCGGUGGCGGGGGAUUUCUCCAGCAGCAAGCGAGAGAUGGUGGGCAAGGAAUACGGCAGCUGCUGGAAGGCGGCUGGGCCAGCAAAUCGGGAGCGAAUCCUGCGAGACCAGCCGGAGUGGGCCCGGGCAUAGGACCGGACUAUGGGGAAGCGAGGGGGUUACACCCCCCAGGUGAGAUACCCGUGAUUCGAGGAAAUGUAUAAUACCUCGACGGCUACAGCAGUAGCCACCAGAAAAGAGUGACGGUCAAUGCCCCGCUUCUAGACGGAAAAAGCCGUAGCCACGGAUUUGAUUCGUGGCGAAAAUCGUUCAUCCAAGCUGCGAAGAUCAUCGACUUGGACGGGCAGUUUAUAGGAGGUACAGAGAGCAAUAUCCCCGUGGGCGACCCAAACUUGCCGACUCUGAACUGCUCCGAUGGGGGCACACGAGAGCAGAAGUCCAUCGAGGGCUUCAGGCGUUCCAUUUAUCACCACUGCUAUGGUAAAAGAAGCUGAAAAAGCAAUUAUCAGUAACUGCUGUACGUCAGCGAAAGAGGUCCUCACGGAAUUGGAAAUGGAGUACGAUCCGGAGUCACAGAUGUCAAAACAGACCUUGAUGCGGAAGAUGUUCGACAUUGCAAUCCCCACACACAGCCACAGCAACCCCAUCGAGCACCUCUACUCACUCGAGCUGCUGUAUGCCCGCCUGCGCGGAAAAGGGCUCAAUGCUGAGCAACCCUUCGUUCUCGCCCACUUCGUUGGUUCCCUCCCACCCGAGUACCAACAAGCGAAGUUCCUGU